AUGAGUGCAAAGCCACAGGAGGAAGGCUUGAUCCAAAACAGUGAGGACUGGUCAGCAGCGGCAAGGACGGAGGAGGAAACCCCUCUGGAAAAGACAUUUAACUGUGAAACGCCCGAGGAACACAACUCUGAGCACCAUGAUGACAUGGAGAUGCACUCCAACGGCUCAAAUGGCAAUGACUUCAGCGGUCAUGGCCAUGAGUCUAGUGGAACCGAUUCCCACGGCAAAGAACCCAGGAGAUCAAACUGUACUUUCCGGAGGCCCAGCAAGUCCAUCGGCAGCAGCAAUAACAGUGAACAAACGAACAAGACUCGCUCUCACAAAGAGCUGAUGAGUAUGGUGCAGGAAAUGAAACGGCGCCUUCCUUCAGAAAAGAUGAACCGCAACAAACCCAGCACGGUGGAUGCGUUGAACUACGCCCUGAAAUGUGUCCGGCAAGUGCAAGCGAACAGCGCGUUUUUUCCAGGUCCUCACUGACAGCGGAACGUCGCGUAUGGAUACCAAUGUGCAUACAAUUGAAGAUUUGGAAGAUGACAUCAGAGCAUCCACCAAAAAACACGGAUACAUUUGUAAUUGUGUUCUCGCUGACCUCUGGGAAGAUGGUGUACAUCUCGGAACAGGCUGCCUACAUCCUAAAUUGUAAGAAGAAGCUGUUGGACUCGUCGUCGCGCUUUGCGGAGCUCCUGGCUCCUCAGGACGUCAGCGUCUUCUACAAACACACCACCCAGUCUCAUCUUCUGCCUUGGAAUGUUGGAGCAGAGACAGCUUCUCUUUAUGAGUACACCCAAGUGAAGUCGUUUUUCUGUAGAAUUAGGGGAGGGAAAGACCGCGAUCACGAGAUUCGGUACAACCCUUACCGUAUGACGCCGUACUCUGUGAAAGUCCGCACGUCUCUUGAGGUUGAGCCGGAGCAUUGCUGCCUUGCUUUGGUGGAAAAGAUUCACUCGGGAUAUGAGGCUCCCAGAAUUCCCCUGGAUAAACGGAUCUUCACCACCACACAUACCCCUGGCUGCGUUUUUCUAGAGGUAGACGAUCGAGCUGUACCGCUGUUGGGUUUGCUUGCCAGCACAAGACCUGGUUGGGACGUCCGUGUUAAUGUAUAUCCAUCCCGAGGGGGUCGCCCUCUAAUGCUUGCCAUGCACAGAAAAAUUCUGAAAUAUGCUGGACAGCCACCAUUCGAGCAUUCUCCGAUCAGAUUCUGCACCCAGAAUGGUGACUACAUCACUUUAGACACCAGCUGGUCCUGCUUUGUCAACCCCUGGAGCAGAAAAGUGGCGUUUAUUAUUGGUCGCCACAAAGUUAGAACGGGACCUCUGAAUGAAGAUGUGUUUGCUGCCAGAAGUACAGAAAUCAUCAAUGUUGACAAAGACAUAAAGGAGUUGCAAGGACAGAUCUACAAAGUCCUUUUACAGCCUGUACAUAACAACGGUUCCAGUGGCUAUGGGAGCCUGGGUAGUAAUGGAUCCUAUGAACAUUACAUCAGUAUUGCGUCUUCUAGUGAUUCCAAUGGAAACUGUGUGGAUGAAUCACACAAAGAACCGGUGACUCUGAAACAAGUGUGUACGGACAUCAACCGCAUCAAGACUCUCGGGCAGCAGGUCUACAUUGACACGAGGAGCAAGCCUUUGCCCAAGAAACGGGAGAUACUCGACAAGGAUGUUCAGAAAGCAAAACCCAAUCCAAAUGCCUUUGUGCGACCUCAGGAAAAUGUGGUGGUGGAGGGACCUGUAGCAUCAUCCUGUGAAGCUUCCAGGAAGGGGCAGCAAAUACCUUCAUACCAGCAAAUCAACUGUGUGGACAGUAUUAUUAGGUACCUGGAGAGUUAUAACAUCCCAGCACUAAAGAGGAAGUGCGAGUCGUCUACGAACACCACCUCCUCUUCAUCAGAAGAUGACAAGCAGGGUCUUUCCGGACAGAAUGACCUGGAGGUUUUAGAAGAUGUUCCUGAGCUAGCAGCGCCUACAAGCCAGUUAUCAGCGGAGUCCAUGGUUACAACCGACGCUCAGACAACAGCAGCCGUGGUGGGAGCUCCACUGACCGAUCUCACACUGUCCAUCAAGGCCAUGAGUGUUGUGUCCGUCACCAGCCAGUGUAGCUACAGCAGUACCAUUGUGCAUGUUCCACAGCCUGAGUCAGAGGUGACGGCCCUAGAAGAUGCCACUGGUGGCAUUGACCAGAUUGAGAUGAGGUCUUCACAAGCAGCCGGUUCCACGAUGGCACCGGAGGAGUUUAAGCAGGUUGGGUUGACGAAGGAAGUUCUUUCUGCUCACACGCAGAAAGAGGAACAGAAUUACGUGGACCAGUUCCGGCAGAGGCUCCUGCAGUCUCCGUACAGCAGCUAUCUGCAAGAGGACAGCCACAGCAAGGCAUGCUCCCAUGAACAAGGUAUCCAAGGUGAACACUCUUCUCAGCAGACCUCUCCAGCUGCUUGGAAGAAAGGUAAAAAACAGGGUAAGCACAAACGGCAGAAACCCAUGGAAUCUUCGGACAGUAAUGGUUCUCAUCCCAAUCUGCCACCACGGCCAAGGAGGCCAGGUCCUUUGCCACAGUCUUGGCCGCCAUCUGAAGUUUCUCAUCCAAGCCCUUCGAAUAUGGCUUUCCCCCCUCCUGUGAUGAUCCCAAUCCAACCGGCCUACUCUAUGCCGGGUUUUCAGAUGCCGCACAUGACUACCACGGUGGCAGGGGACUGUACCACCUCAACCGUGGCUCCCGAGUCCAUACCGCAGUCCAACAUUUCCUACAACAUGCAGACCUUCCCAGGAUUCCCCUCACCUUACAUGGGUACCCUCAUGGCUGUUUUCCUCCCCAACUACAAUAUGUACCCACCCAUGAACCCACAGAUACCUCAGCCUUUCUUCCCUUCUCAGUACCCCUGCCCACCAGCUUAUCCGUACACUGGAAUGCCCAGCACCCCUCAGAAUGUUCCAUCCCAGAUCCCUACAGACUUUGUGGACCCAACUUCUCGAGCUUCAUCCCCCAUGUCUGCUGAAGGACAGCAGGAAGCACAAACCGAAGAUCCACACCUCUUCAGUAACUCUAGAAGCAGCUCUCCCCUGCAAUUGGUCCUCCUUCAGGAGGAAUUACCCAAGCCGGCAGAGCCUCAAGAGGGAGCCAACACUGAGAACCAGUCGGAUAUUAAAUGUACGGACGCAGCGGUGGACAGCGGGAACAAUGACAGCCACUCUGCUUCUAGUGAACUUUUUGAUCUCUUGCUUCAAGAGGAUUCCCAGUCUGGUACUGGGUCAGCAGCUUCAGGAAGCGUAUCCGCCAAUUCCAGCUCCUUGGGGAUUGGUUCCAACGGUUCUACCUCAAACGGGACAUCAGGAAGCGGCAUAGGGAGCAGUAACAGCAGCAACUAUUUUGCUAGCAAGUCCUCCGACACUUCCAAGAAGGGUCACAAACGCCAGGAAGCUACAGAAUCUGCUUCCUUCCCCAAAGCUGCUGGAGACUCUAUAUGGACUAUUAUAGAGCGUACACCUACCCCUAUCAUGAUGACAUAUCAGGUACCCGAGAGGGAUAAGGACACCUUGUUGAAAGAAGAUCUGGAAAAGCUAACGGCUAUGCGCAGCAAGCAGCCCUGGUUCACAGAGGAACAAAAGGAGGAGCUGGCGGAAGUGCAUUCUUGGAUCCGAAACCGCACGAUCCCGCAAGAGAUCGACACCCAGGGAUGUAUCGCUUGUGAGAAUGGAGCCACUGCAAGCAACACCCCUGAGGAGAAGAAGGACACCACCGCUUUAGACGGCUCCACCAGAACAACUGAGCGACCUCCGUCACCAUCCCACACACAGGAACCACAACAGACUCCUCGCCUGAGCGGUCUCUGUGAUUCGGGGAAAGCCUCAAACUCCUGA